AUGUCGGACGACGGCGCAGCGGCGUGCUGCCCUCCCGCCGCCACGAAGAAGAAGGCGGCGAACAAGCUGGUGGUGGAGGAGCCAACCGACGACGACGUCUCCACCUGCAACCUCCACCCGGCGACAAUGGAGAAGCUGUCCAUCUUCCGCGGCGACGUGAUCCUGCUGAAGGGGAAGCGGCGCCGUGACACGAUCUGCAUCGCCAUGGCCGACGAGGGAUGCCGGGAGCACGCGCUCGGGAUCAACCCGUCCGUCCGCUCCAACCUCCGGGUGCGCCUCGGCGACGUCGUGUCCGUGCACCCGUGCCUCGACGCCGCGUACGGGGCCAAAGUACACGUCCUGCCCCUCGACGACACCGUGGAGGGCCUCACGGGGGACCUCUUCGAGGCCUACCUGAAGCCGCACUUCCUCAACGCCUACCGCCCCGUCCGCAAGGGCGACCUCUUCCUCGUGCGCGGCGGCAUGCGGAGCGUGGAGUUUAAGGUGGUGGACAUCCACCCGCCUGCCGAGUACUGCAUCGUCGCGGACGACACGGAGGUGUUCUGUGACGGCGAGCCCGUGAAGCGGGAGGACGAGGAGAGGCUCGAUGGCGUCGGCUACGACGACGUCGGCGGCAUGCGGAAGCAGCUCGCUCAGAUCAGGGAGCUGGUCGAGCUGCCACUCAGGCACCCGCAGCUGUUCAGGUCGAUCGGAGUGAAGCCGCCCAAGGGUAUCCUAUUGUACGGACCUCCAGGCUCCGGCAAAACUCUGAUCGCGCGGGCGGUGGCAAACGAAACCGGCGCCUUCUUCUUCUGCAUAAACGGCCCCGAGAUUAUGUCGAAGCUGGCCGGGGAGAGCGAGAGCAAUCUGCGAAAAGCAUUCCAGGAGGCAGAGAAGAACGCGCCGUCCAUCAUAUUCAUUGAUGAGAUCGACUCCAUCGCACCCAAGAGGGAGAAGACACACGGCGAGGUGGAGAGGCGCAUCGUGUCCCAGCUGCUCACGCUCAUGGACGGGCUGAAGACACGCGCGCACGUCAUCGUAAUGGGCGCCACCAACCGGCCCAACAGUAUCGACCCUGCUCUGCGACGGUUCGGCCGGUUCGAUCGUGAGAUUGAUAUCGGCGUGCCGGACGAGGUCGGCCGCCUCGAGGUGCUGCUCGUGCACACGAAGAAUAUGAAGAUCGCCGACGACGUCGACCUGGAGGCGGUGGCCAAGGACACGCACGGCUACGUGGGCGCCGACCUGGCCGCGCUCUGCACCGAGGCCGCGCUGCAGUGUAUCAGGGAGAAGAUGGACGUCAUCGACCUCGAGGACGAGACGAUGGACGCGGAGAUCCUCAGCUCGAUGGCUAUCACGAACGACCACCUCAAGACUGCCCUCGCCGGCACCAACCCGUCGGCGCUGCGCGAGACCGUGGUUGAGGUGCCCAACGUCAGCUGGGCGGACAUCGGAGGCCUGGAGGGCGUCAAGCGGGAGCUACAGGAGACCGUGCAGUACCCCGUGGAGCACCCGGACAAGUUCGAGAAGUUCGGCAUGUCGCCGUCCAGGGGCGUGCUGUUCUACGGGCCACCGGGCUGCGGCAAGACCCUGCUCGCCAAGGCGAUCGCCAACGAGUGCCAGGCCAACUUCAUCAGUGUCAAGGGGCCGGAGCUGCUGACCAUGUGGUUUGGCGAGAGCGAGGCCAACGUCCGGGACAUAUUCGGCAAGGCGCGCCAGUCGGCGCCGUGCGUCCUCUUCUUCGACGAGCUGGAUUCCAUCGCCACGCAGAGGGGCCGCAGCGUGGGCGACGCCGGCGGCGCGGCGGACAGGGUCCUCAACCAGCUCCUCACCGAGAUGGACGGCAUGGGCGCCAAGAAGACGGUGUUCAUCAUCGGCGCCACCAAUCGCCCGGACAUCAUCGACCCGGCGCUGCUCCGGCCCGGCCGCCUCGACCAGCUCAUCUACAUCCCCUUGCCAGACGAGGCCUCGCGGCACCAGAUCUUCAAGGCCUGCCUGAGGAAGUCCCCCGUGGCGAAGAACGUUGACCUCGGCGCGCUGGCCAGGUUCACGGCAGGCUUCAGCGGCGCGGACAUCACGGAGAUUUGCCAGAGGGCGUGCAAGUACGCCAUCAGGGAGGACAUCGAGAAGGACCUCGAGCGGGAGAGGAAGGCCAGGGAGAAGCCGGAGGAAAUGGAGGUGGACUGCGCCGACGAGCCGGCGCAGGUCGGGGCCGCGCACUUCGAGGAGUCCAUGAGGUACGCGCGGAGGAGCGUCAGCGACGCGGACAUCCGAAAGUACCAGGCGUUCGCGCAGACGCUGCAACAGUCGAGGGGAUUCGGCACCGAGUUCCGCUUCUCCAAGCGGACCCAGCAGGCGGCAGAAGCAGAGGCGGCGGCCAAUGCCGACGCCGAGGACGAUGAUCUUUACAGCUGA